AUGCCUUUGUGCGGUGGUAACAAGACCGUCCAGCGCAAGCUGGUCCUCCUUGGCGAUGGCGCGUGCGGCAAGACAUCGUUGUUGAACGUCUUUACCAGAGGCUACUUCCCGACCGUCUACGAGCCCACUGUAUUCGAGAACUACGUCCAUGACAUCUUCGUCGACAGUGUCCACAUCGAGCUUUCCCUCUGGGAUACCGCUGGCCAGGAAGAGUUCGACCGCCUCCGCAGCUUGUCUUACGACGAUACCGACCUCAUCAUGCUCUGCUACAGCGUCGACAGCAAGGACUCCCUCGAGAACGUCGAGAGCAAGUGGGUUGGAGAGAUCGCCGACAACUGUCCCGGCGUGAAGUUGGUUCUCGUCGCCCUCAAGUGCGAUCUCCGCGAGGCCGAUAAUGAGGAGGAGGAGGCCGCCGAGGGCCAGCAGCGAGAGAAGCGUCCCAUGAUCUCUUACGAGCAGGGCUUGGAGGUCGCUCGCCGCAUCAAUGCCCUCCGCUACCUCGAGUGCUCUGCCAUGCGCAACCGCGGUGUCAACGAGGCCUUCACCGAGGCCGCUCGCGUCGCCCUCAGUGUCAAGAAGGAUCGUGAAGAGUCUCAGUGCGUCAUUAUGUGA